AUGCGAGAGAUAUCUAAUUCCGAGAUGGCAGGAUCUUCAACUGGAUUCAACGAUAACAGUUCGGAUAACGGUAUCAAAAAUGUUGUUCAUGAGGAGAGUAAACUAGAAGAACAAAGUAUAUCGAGUAAAGAUGCUUACGAUGCGUACGGUGGUACAGGUGAAGGUCAUUUGCGUAAAUCAUUCUCUCUAUGGUCGAUUUUAGGUGUUGGGUUCGGGUUGACGAAUUCUUGGUUUGGUAUCUCGGUAUCCAUGGUUACUGGUAUCUACUCUGGUGGUCCAAUGAUGGUCGUAUACGGUAUCAUUAUCAUUGCCUUGAUCUCUAUCUGUAUUGCUGUGACUCUAGGUGAGUUGUCUUCUGCUUUCCCACACGCUGGUGGUCAGUUCUGGUGGUCGUUGCAGUUGGCUCCACCAAAAUACAGAAGACUAGCUGCUUAUCUAUGUGGUUCUUUUGCAUGGGCAGGUGCGAUUUUCUCUAGUGCAUCUACCACACUUUCAGUUGCUUCUGAAUUGGUAGGCAUGUACGCUUUGACCCAUCCAGAUUUUGAAGUCAAGAGAUGGCAUGUAUUCGUAUGUUUCCAAAUCUUGCACUUGUUCUUGAUGAUGUUCAACUGUUCUGGUAAGGCUUUGCCAGUCAUUUCUCAAUCGUCAUUGUACAUCUCAUUGAUUUCAUUUUUCACCAUUACAGUGACCGUGCUAGCUUGUUCCCAUGGUAAAUAUAACGAUGCCAAGUUCGUUUUUGCUACUUUCUAUAACGAAACUGGCUGGAAAAAUGGAGUCAUUGCCUUCAUUGUCGGUUUAAUCAACCCGGCAUGGUCCUUCUCUUGUCUAGAUUGUGCCACUCACAUGGCUUUUGAAGUGGAAAACCCUGAAAGAGUGAUUCCGAUCUCUAUUCUAUGUACAGUGGGCAUUGGAUUCCUUACUUCUUUCAGUUACGUCAUCGCUAUGUUCUUCUCUUUACAAGAUCUAGAGGCUGUUGCUUCAUCCAAUACCGGAAUGCCAAUCUUGGAAAUUUUCCGUCAAGCUACCAAAUCUACUCCAGGUGCUGUAGUGUUGGGUUGCCUCAUCCUUUUCACCUCAUUUGGAUGUGUUAUUGCAUGCCAUACAUGGCAAGCAAGAUUGUGUUGGUCAUUUGCUAGAGACAACGGUAUCCCAUACUCUAAAUACUGGGCUAAAAUUGAUCCUGAAUUGGGUGUGCCAUUGAACGCGCACUUGCUGUCAUGUGCCUUGAUUUCGCUAUUGGGUUGCUUAUACAUGGCUUCCACCACCGCUUUCAAUUCUUUAAUUACUGGGUGUAUUGCGUUCUUAUUGUUCUCAUACAGUGUUCCGGUCGUAUGUCUGUUGGCGCGUAAACGUAAUAUUAAACAUGGCCCAUUUUGGCUAGGAAAAUUCGGAGCGUUCUCCAAUAUCGUUUUAUUGGGUUGGAAUCUUUUCGCUUUAGUCUUUUUCUGUUUCCCAGCUGUCAUGCCAGUGACAAAAGAUAACAUGAAUUAUGCAUCAGUCGUCAUUGUUGGGUUCCUAUUAUUCUACUUAGGAUUCUGGCAAUUUAAGGCAAAGAAAGUUUUCUAUAUCAGAGAAGAUGAAAACACCGAUAGCAAUCAGGAGUCAGUAACAACUGAAGCUUUCCAUGCUUAUGAUGCUAAAUGA